GCGUUGCGCAGUCCGGGUGCCCGGCAACCCCUCCCAUGUUCUCCGCUUGCUUGUUUCUCUCGCUCCCUCUCCGAGCUGCUCCACAGGUUGCGCUUCGUGUCACUGAACUGAAUCGUAAGCACUGCAGGCCACCCACUACAUGUAUGAAUGAUACCGUCGGUGUAACGAAGCUGCGUCGAUUUACAGGAGCGUGCUCCGUGCAUAGGAGGGCGAGCUAAUCGCAGUGCACGGUGACCAUCCCCUUCCCCUUGCACUGACGUAGUUCCUUGCUUCCUGUUCGUGCUUCGCCUACCGCAAGCUGAGAAGAUACGGACCCUGGGGUAGAUCGCGGCAUCAGCUCGGCCCGUAGCAGUGCUGCUGCCGCUGGUUGGCGAGUCCUGCUAUUUAUUUGGUUGGUUGGUUGGUUGAUUGCCGCCCGUAGCGGAGAGCUGCCGGUGGUUGGCGAGUCGUGCGCUAUUAGGUAUUUGUUUGGUUGAUUGACAAAAAAAUAAGAGAGCGGGUAGGUAUGGGUUUGGGAGACGCUAACGGCGUGCAGGUGCGGGGCUGCAAGUACGACCACCAUGGGUUGGCGUUCGCUACGCGCGCUCUCCAUUUCCAGGACGAGAACGAUCCUUACGGUGCGAAGAAUGCUCCCAUUUACCUGACGGCCACUUUCAAGCUUCCCUCCGUGACGAAGGCUGGGUCGUUUCUGUAUUCGCGGUUCGACAACCCGACGAGAUCGACGCUGGAGAAGCACAUUGCUCGGCUUCACGACGCGGACCGCGCGUUUUGCUUCUCGACGGGAAUGGCGGCUCUGACGACGGUGAUGCAGAUGGUGGAGGUUGGCGACGAGAUCGUGGCGGAUGACGACAUCUACGGCGGGACCGACAGGCUGCUGACCAGCCUCGUCACCCGGUGGGGCGUGACGGUGAAGCGCGCCAACACCAGCAAUCUGGACGAGAUCCGCGGGGCCGUGACGCCGAAGACGAAGCUCGUGUUCCUGGAGAUCGCGACGAACCCUCUCUUGCAGAUCACGGACAUCGCCGCCAUCGCCGAGAUCGCGCACCGGAGCGGCGCGCUGGUCGUGGUGGACAACAGCAUCAUGUCGUCGGCGCUCUCGCGGCCGCUGGAUCACGGCGCGGACAUCGUGAUGGAGUCGCUGACGAAGUUCAUGUCUGGGCACAGCGACGUGAUGGGCGGCUUCCUGGCGGUCAGGGGCGAGCAGCUCGCCAAGGACAUCCACUUCCUCCAGUCCGCGGAGGGCGCGUGYCUGAGCCCGYUCGACAGCUUCCUGRUCCUGAGGGGCAUGCAGACAUUGUCUUUGCGAGUGGAGAAGGCUCAGGAGAACGCGCAGGUCAUCGCGGAGUGGCUGGCGAAGCACCCGCUGGUGAAGAAGGUGCUCUACCUGGGGCUGCCCGGCUUCCCCGACCGGGAGCUGCACUUCAAGCAGUGCUCCGGCGCGGGAUCGGUGCUGUGCUUCGUCACGGGAGACGUGGAGCUGUCCAAGCUGGUGGCGGACGGCGUCGAGGUGUUCCAGAAGACGGUGAGCUUCGGCAGCGUGGGGUCGCUGAUCAGCCUGCCGUGCUUCAUGUCGCACGCUGCGGUUCCCAAGGCCAUCCGCGAGUCCAGGGGCCUUCCGGACGAUCUGGUGCGGCUGGGCGUGGGAAUAGAGUGCGUGGGCGAUCUGAUCAACGACUUGGAUCACGCGUUCAAGAAGGCCAUGGCGAAGUUUGGAGGGCAGGCGCAGCCCAAGUUCGAGCCCAUCCCAUCGGGCACGUUCGUCUACAAGCCCCGAUUCCAGUAGAUCGUCCUCAUCCCCCGGCGGCUGAGAGGCUAGAACUUAGAAAGCGCUAUGAUUACGGAUGGAAGGGUUUUCCCGCGGCACGGGGGCCGCCUGCUCCGUCAAAUCGUCGGCAGCUUCGGAGAAUGGAUUCACGCGCCACGUGUCAGCUUACGGCGUAACUUAGCGGCCCCUCUUUUCUCUUCGACGGGCGGAAGGAGUUCAGAGGCGGUGUGGGUUGUGGUCCCGAACGCUUUUUUUUUUUUUUUCCCUCCUACUUCAAAUGUUUGUAAGAACGACAGCUGUAAGGUCUGCCGUGUCGUCAAGGCUGGCCGUGAUAAAUUUCCUUCACUGCGAUCAGGACAUAGGACUGGUGGCUUUGGAGUGCGAGCAAACUGUCUGCGGGUUUUCUUCGCUCCCGCCUGCCGUUUUUCAGUAGCGGCCCUGCUCAGUGAUAGAAGGUAGAAAGCUUUAGUUGUGCAUAGCGAGGGAAACCAUUGAUUACGCGAAGCGAGGCAGUCCCUUUACGUUCCCGCUUUUUUUCUCGCCGUAUUCAAGUUGAGUCGGCUUUGGCUUGCGCGCUCGUAACGAGUUCUGAUUAGAUAGGUGUUUUUUUCAUGAUGGUGCAACCGCACAAGGGUUGUACUGCCAAUUUAUCGACGUAGCUUAGCAGCUACUACCUCAUAUCCCCCCCAACAGAACUCCUUAUCAUGUUGAAUUUGUGCAUGCUCCUGCUCCAUCCCAUCAUGGGUAAACACAGUCGUGAUAACAUGUCGGGGAGUAACUGUUAUGAUCGGGGGUGCGCGGGAACAAUAAAAGUAAGGUGGGGUGUCCACAGGGGAGUAUCGCAGAAUAUGUGGUGUUAAGGGGCAUGGGGGAAGAAGUUGGAGACCCCCGCGUGAAACAGGACGGGUUUUCCCGAAUAAGAAGAUCGUCAUGAUGAGACCGGAGGAGGAGGAACGAAGCAGGGGGCUCCUACUGACGAUCGACUUCUGCGGAAGCUGAUGAUGUGCUUCAGACAUUCUCUGGACUUCCAUCAUGUCCUCUCCAGAAACCAAGAAAUGUGUCGAACAUGUUUUUUUCAGUUUGCCUGUCACUUGAGAUUUCUCCACUCUUUGCUAUCCCCGAGGUCGCGUAGCAUUUUUCUCCUUCACAAGUGAUAUGCAUAUUGCUCUUUCCG